AUGGCUUCCAAGAAGCGAAAGUUAGAGGAGGACCGAUUGGAAAUUUUUCCCGAUCAAACUGAAAAGAUAGAAUCCAGAGGGAUGCUUAUUUAUAUCAUCCCUAAAAAGAUUCCAAAAGCAAGGCUCCAGGUGUUGAACAAUCUUGCGCAAAGGAAGGGAUUUCCAAUAACAGAGAAGUUCAGGUAAAAUUUGCAAAUAAGCUUAUCUCAUAAGCUUACAAUGUUGAUCAGUCAAAACCUACACUAUUAACGGCUGUAUGAUAUCUUUCGAUAAGCCACUGCUUAAGCUAUGCGAAAAGGGCUCGGAGUUUGGAGAUCGUGCUUCAACAAACAGGAUCAGUACCAGCUAGCUUCCCUGGUGAGCUGAGGGGGAGGAGGGGUAAGGGUAAGGGGCACAAUAGAUAAUUGAUACAGGGAUCAUUGUAAGAGAAAAAAAUUCAAUUGUAGAUGCUGGCCACUCUUUAAGUACGCAUAAUAUGAAUACCCUAUUCUAGAUCAGACAGCACAUGAGCUGCAACGUUUUCCUGUGAUAAUUUGUUUACUAAACUAUUUGUAAGUUUUCAUGUGUAUGAUACUCCAUUCUAGGUAACAUGGUGAGUCCUCAAAACACAAAGUACACCACCAUUUAAUUAUUUGGGAGAGUACUCUUACUUCCCUUGCUGGCCCCCUCCCCCUUCCACCCCCAGUGAGCAUGGAUCACAUGGGCAUAGAUUAACUUCCCCUUUUAUUAUAUCCCUUUUUUGAUUAUUUAAUCACUGGAUAAGUGGCAUUUUUUAUUUCUUCGUAGCAACUUGGUGACUCAUGUUGUGACAAGUUAUGAUUCCAGGGAGAAGGCUUUCUCUGCAUUAGAAUGGUAUGAAAUAAAUUAACCUCCUUAGGAUAAAGUUUUAUGCAGUGUUGUUCAUGUUAAAAAUUGUUAAAUCACCAAUCAGCAACACAAACGACUGAAAAAAAAAACCAAAUGAAUAACCCAUCAGGGUUCUCAUUAAGUUUUAAAGUAGACAGCUAUGAUGUAAAGUAGGCAGCUUGGACCGUAAUCGAGUGCUGUUUGCAAGUGUUGUAGGCAUGUUGAGGCUUUCAGUAACCUCACUUUACCCUUUAUUCCCCAAAAGUAUAGUUGGGUAAAACUCAAUGGAGCCUGUGUUUUCGCCGUUGGCAGUACUUAAUAAGAACCUUGCCUAGACAAAUUAUGUUAUAAUAUUUAACCAAUAAGAAAACAAACUGAUUUGUUUCUGCUUAUGAUAUGGUGGAAUGACAAAGUAUAUGCUUGUAUAUUUUCCACCCCAAUUAAUUGCUCCACAUUCUUUUGUUGACAGUCCAAAUCAUUCAGAUUUUCAAGUCCUUGAUGAAUUUAUGUGUUGGUGGGAGCAAGUGGUCAUUUGUUCCUGGUACUGUUUGAAAAAUAGAACUGUUGAAUGGUCUUGUCACUAUUUAUUGGCAGUAGAAUUAAGCAGGGUUAUCUAUUUUCACCAGGCAACCUGCAGAAAAUGUAGAAAUACUUACUGUCGAUUGUGAGUACUCUAUUUUGUACUGUUCUUAAUAUAAACUAUAACUAUUAAUUUUUAUUUAAUAUUGCUUCAUCAUUGUUUAGGCCUGCAUUGGAUGCUUUUCAUUGCGUUCAUGAUUUUUUGUUCUCAAAAUCAACAUGUCAAAACUGCCAUAUUGAAUACUCAAAAAAGCAGAGAUGUUGAGGCAAGUCAAGGAAAAGGGGGAGGGGUGGAAGAGAGAAGUCUCCAUCCUUGUCUGCAUCCCCUUCUUUCACCCUAACACCUACCCCAAGGGAUGAUAUUUCUACUCUCUCUAACCUUCCUCAGUCAUAAAAUCAAAGAUGGCGGCCAGCGCAUUACAAACAUAAACAAGUAGCUUUCACUCACCCAAAAAUAUGCCUGCAAUGCAGGAUAUCAUUGUUUCUCUAGUUGUGUGUGUGAUAUAAUGUAGUAUAUAAUGUAUUAUGUAGUAAAUAUUACCUAACAUGGAUUAAUAGAGGCAGUGUAUGAAAGGUUAUGAGUAAACCUUAAAGUUGAACCUUGCUUGAAACUUUUAUGUUUACUAAUGACCUUUCAUACAUUGCCUCUGUUUCAGUAACACAUAGAAAUUUGCGAAGCAGGAAAAAUCCACCUUUACAAAUACUGGGGGAAAUCCAGGGGGGUGGGGUUCCUAGGAUGCCCUUGCAACACCCUUCUUACUCCAGAUUCCCAUUCUUCAACACAGCUGUAAAACUACUUUCAGGUGCCAAUUGCUUUAUUCCAACCUCACCUUUUUCCAUCAAGGUCAAAUCCUUGAUCUGCCCUUCUGAAGAGGCUUGACUCAGUGAGGGGUGGCGAAUGGUACCUCGAAAAACGUGGGUCUCGGAAAAUUUUGGCAGGAUCUCAAAAUCUCGGAAGCGUUUUUGACAAGUCUCGAAAUCUCGUUUUUGCAUGGUUUGUUUUUACUUUUUCUGAGUCUCGAAACUUUUUACCAAAGAGUCUCGGGCUCGGAUUUCUAACUAGGAUCUCGGCGUCUCAGCGAGUCUUGGAUUUUACCAUUCGCCACCCCUUCAGUGGUAUUUAUUAUUGCUUUUUGUGCAAUUCACCAGGGCUGACUGACUGCACAACAGCAGGAAAAAUAGUGGAUGUUACCGAUAAAGUUAGAGUACAGGGAUCUACCACAGCUACAUCAAAAGAAGAAACUUUAAGGUAAAGGAUGAAGGGAAAGAUAAAUUAUACAAGUUUGAAACCUUUAAAAAGUCAUUGAUCUUUAAUAUUAUUGUUUCACUUUGUUUGUAUAACUUAUAAUUAAAGAGCAGAUUUGGAAAACAAGGAUGCAAGCAAAGAUGGUGAAUCUUGUGAGUAUCAGGUGAGGAAUUUGUAAGUAAAAAUGUAUUUAUUGUCGUUAAAUUCAUUGACAAAGUACAAUUAGUUAACUAAUAGAGGUUGUUUUAUAAUUUAAUUCUUGUAUUUUUUUGCAUUUGAAUCUCAGUUGUAUGUAUACAGUCAUGCGUAAUGUGCAGAUAUGUAUAUUAAGAGUAAUUAAAAUCAAGUGAUUGCCGUGAACAAUGAUUACAAUUCUUUCUAGUUAUUUAAAUGUGGAUCCCUUUUUGUAAACUUUUUUGCUUUUUAGGACACAAAGUUUGUGUGCCAAAGAGGAACACCACUAAAUCACCACAAUACCAAGUUCACUGUAAGUUAUAUAAUUUAAGAGAUCAAUAAUUAUGAUAAAGUAAUAUGUAAUGGUAACAGGACUGAGUGGAGUCAAAUUCCGCGUAGCGGGAGUCUGAUUUGUUUAAUCACGAGUAUGAUUACAGACCGAAUUGGACGACACGAAGUUCUGUUACCAAUUAAUCAUAACUUUAACAAAAUUUGUGAUAUAUUAGGCUCUUUUUUUAAUCAAAACGCAAGAGAUGUUUUUGCUAACAGUGAAAAAAAAAAAGCCAUUUAAGCGCGCACGUGAUGGCGCGUACUGUCCAAUUACUUAGGCAUGAUGCGUACUGUCCUAUUUAACUGUCCUAUUAAGGCUGAAAUCAGGGCAGUUGAUAGCCAAUCAGAUUUAAGAAUUUUGUUAUAGUUAUGAUUAAAUAUAUAAUAUUAUAUGAUAGAACAAAAUUUCCGAUUGAAUAAUCUGGCUUAACCAAAGUUUUUAAUUUUCUGGUCAAGGAUGCACUUGAAAUUCUGGAACGCCAUGCGGUGUAUGUUGACAGUGGACAGAGAAAUUCUAGAGCACUUGCCUUCAGAAGAGCGGCUUGUGCACUCAAGUCUUAUCCAAAGUAUGUUACUCAGUUAUUUACAAAUAGUAUAGAUCCUUUUAUUCAAGCAAUGCAGCUGUUUCUAAAACAAAAAGGGAGCUAUAAGUUGUUGGGUGGAAGCGUGCCAACUUAAUGUUACAGAUAUUAUGCCAUCUGCAAAAUAACAGCAGUUUUUUUGGAGUUAUUAAUAUUUAGGGUCAAUCCUUAUGGUGCAUUCAAACCAGAAUGAGAUGUCUUUGAGGCUUUCGGUAUGCCUUGUGUCAAGCCGUCCUAUUUCUUUGCAUCCAGUUGUAAUCCAUUUAUCUUAUCCGAUUCAGUCCAUGUGGUGCUGAAGGUCUAGUUAUAUCCCCAGGUUAGGGUGCAGAGAAGUGACAACAGGCUUGCAGAAAAAGAAAAACGAAAAAAAUUUUUUGGCAACAAAGAAAAUAGUAAAUUGAACUUUCAAGGUAUAUAUAAUUUUGGGAGAGUCAGUUUUAUUGUCAGCUCUGUUUUAGGCAGAUCAGUAGAAUUGAAGAAGCAGCGAACCUGAGCAGUGUAGGAAAUCACAGUAAAAAAGUCAUUCAGGCAAGUGGGUUAGUGUGCUUAAAUCAUAUAUGGCUGUACAAAUGAUUAAUUUUCCUGUUGGUCUUUCUCUGGUUUUCCAUUUUUCUUUCUCAAAAUUAAUGGAAUCAGGCUUGUAAUAUUGUGAAACAUUUUAUUUUGCCCAUGUCAAAACAGGAUAUUCUAGAAAAUGGGUCAUCCGUAGAAGUUCAAGACAUCCUAUCCAGUGACUUCUUUAAGUCAAUGGAGGUUUGUUUUCAGAUAUUUCUGUUAAUCCUGGGCAGAGCUUGAACUUGAAAAUUGUUAAUAAAUAGGCCAGACAGUCAUUUUUCCAGCCAGACAGUUGAGAUUCACUUAGAUACUUAAGGUCAUGUUUUAAACCAGUCGUUGACUCAUUAAGCCACACAGUUUGUUAUCACCAAAAUCUUGCCAGUAGGAUCAUAUAAAGUUUCAAUAUCUUGCCAGUAAGAUCUUGAACAUUCAACUUCUUGCCAGAAACAUCGACAGAUUGCAAUGUGAGCAUCUUGUCAGCAAGACCUUGCAGUUACAACAUCUUGCCAUUAAAGUUUAUCAUCCCAUUAUUAAAUGAACCUAUGUUAAUUGCUGAUCACUGGUUGUUUAUGAAGUGGGCCUGUACUGUAUUGAUAAUUCACUUUACCAUAAGGCAGUAAACUUUUGAGUGGCAAAAUAUUAUUAUUAUAUCAUUGAACAAAGAGCUUAUUAACUAGUGGACUCUAAAAAAUAUUCUGCUUUUAGAUAUUCUCAUCUAUAUAUGGAUGUGGACCUGCUACAGCUCGAAAGUGGUAUGAGAAGGGUCAUCGAAACAUGUUUGACAUCAUUCAAGCUGUGAAAAAUGGAAUGAAACUCACAGAACAGCAGACAAUGGGUAAAUUAGUUUUGUUACUCUAAAUAAUAAUACUGUGGUUCAGUUUUAUUACAGUCAUGAGAAUGUAAGUUUGAUUAACUUUUUUGAGAUGUCAUUUUCCAAUCUGCAGUUGUCUGCCAAAAGUUUUGGUUACCAGUCUUAAAAAAAUAUUUUUUUGCAAAAGAAACACAUCUUAUACAGUAUACUUGCAUCAAGAAUUAAACCAUUGACCUUAACAAGAGGCUUAUCAUCAUCAUGAUCAUGAUAAACCUUGAAGUUCCCAAAACUCUUACUUUUAAAAUGAGGCCAAGUGGAAAAACUUGUCAAGUGAAAAUGAGGGUUAUUUGAAUAAUAUUAUUGUUUCAUAUUAGAGAUUAUGCAUUUGCCCUCAUUUUGGAAAAGAGGCUUAAAUCAUGUAUAGCCCAACUUGAAAGUGGCCUUAAUAAUUAAUUAUUAAUUUGAGUGAAUUAUUUUGUUUUACCGUAAAUCCUCUAUUAAGUCCCCUGGAGGGCUUAUUUAUUUUAAACACAUUUGAAGGGGGCAGGGGGAGGGGGGGCUUAUUUGAUUUAGCAAUCAUGAUGGUGUCAGUUCUUCAUAAAGAACUAGAAUACAAAGUAGAAAACCUUAGUAACAAGAAGUUGGAGGUCAUGCUGCUGAGAAUCAAAACAAAAUACAAACUUCCAGUUGUGAUUUAUUAUAAAAUACAGUCUAAUCACUAAUAAAUUUUAUUAGUGAAGAAUAAUAAUGGGGAGAGGAGGGGGACUUAAUAGAGGAGAGGGGCUUAUUAACUUUCUUCCCUGGAAAAACGGUGGGGGGUUGGGGCUAAUACUUUAAUUUGCAGGAUUGAGUUUGUUGCUGCAGCUUUUUUGUUACUCUAAAUUUCCCAUCUUGGGGUUUCAACUGUGCCAACAUGCUCUUGCUUUCGGUUUUGAUGCUUGAUUAAAGUACAGAUUAAUAUUAUCUUAUAGGUUUGAAGUAUUAUGAUGAUUUAAUUCAACCUGUUCCAAGAGAAGAAGCUAUUGGUAUUAAAAACAUUGUGGCAAGAGAGGUCAGUUAAAUAUCAUCUUCAUCAUAUGAUUUCAUGACACCAUAUUUGGCACAGAGAACGGUCCCUCGAAAAACAUGGGUCUCAGAAUAUUAGUCCGAUCUUAAAAUCUUUGACGCAUUUGUCGACGGGUCCCAAAGUCUCAUUCUUGGGUGAUUUUACUUCUCCGAGUCUCGAAUUUUAAAGUCUUGGCCAUGAAUUUUGAAACCACAUACUGCAUGGGGUCUCGCAGUCUUGCAAAGUCUCAGAUUCACAAUUCUAUACCCCAUAUAUUUGACUGUCAUUAUGUUAUCACAUCACCCAUGAGAGAGAGUAAUACUUUUUUUAUUAGACUAAAAGGCAAAUCAAUAAUUUUUUCAAGUAUUUAUAUAUUAUUUUAGAAUUUUUCAUUUCAUAGUUAAACAGUAUCCAGCCAAACUGCACAGUGGAACUAGUUGGAGGGUACCGCAGGUGACCAUACAAUGUACACAUUUCUUUUACUUAAUUCUUUGGUAAAAAGUGUAAUAAAUUAUUUGACUUCUACAGCAAAAAGUCAACAAAUACAUUACAGUUUUGAACUUUUUGAUGUCAUUUCUAUGGCCUGUAAGAGUUUAGACAAUGGAAAAUUGUCUUUCUUCAUUUUGCAAUAUUAUAACAUUAAAAGCUUUGGACAUCCAUAUUUCUGCCAAAGUGUAUUCUUCAAAAAUCAAAUUGCAAGAGACAAGAAAAAAAUUGUGCCAUUUUUUAAAAAUUUAUUUCCAUGGACAAUUAGAUGAUAACUCUCAACCAGUGAGUAUGUGGGAUGUUGCCCAGUUGUUUUAAAAUAAAUAAUGUUUAAGCUCAAUAGUUUGUUUCUGUCCCAAUCUUUUCUAGAGGUAAACCAUCAGGACAUGAUGUGGACAUUUUGAUUACCCAUAAAGAUGUCUACCGAGUUGAAGGAUUGCUAGUAAAGCUUGUUGAAAGGCUUGAUAAGCUGGUAAGGAGAUAAAGAAACAAUAAAUCAAAGCCAAAUUAGAGGGAUUCAAAGGUUUUUUACAACUAAAACACUUUUUGAGUAUUUGUUUGUUAACAAAAUAAAAAUUAUUAAUGUUUUUUUUUUCCUUGUUAGGGUCACAUGGUUCACAAGGACUUAAUGGCUGGUCGGAAUUCAACUCUUGGUGGAAGCCAAAAGUAUGUUGCAACAAAUAAAGACUUCAAUUUGAAAGCCUUGACAAGAUAUCCUCCCACCUAAUGGGAUAGUGACAUCAACAUGACAUAACUACAUUAUCAAACAAAUUUGAAAUGGAUUUCAAUAUUGUUUGGUAAUGUAACCAUUGUGUUUCAACAGUUACUAACUGUAUUACUAACAACUUUUUGGUGCUCUACUGGUCAGCAUAUUUGUUUUUCCGUACUUUGUUUUGAGGAUUGUAAAAGAGAGAUAUUAAAAAGAGACCAAUGUUAA